CUUCUCCUCCGCCAUCAACGCUCUCUUCUUCUUCUUCUGAGGACCCACCAAAACCCGACCCGGUUAAGCGCCGCACGAGGAUGACGCCAUGACGACGACGACGCCGACGCCGCCGCCGCCCAGCACCGUGCGCAAGCUCCUCGUCGAGGUCGUCGACGCGCGGGACCUACUCCCCAAGGACGGUCAGGGCAGCUCCAGCCCUUACGUCAUCGUCGAGUUCGACAACCAGAAGAAUCGCACCGCCACCAAAUACCGCGACCUCAACCCCGCAUGGAACGAGACCCUCGAGUUCCUCGUCUCCGACCCGGAGAACAUGGAGUACGAGGAGCUCGACGUCGAGGUCUUCAACGACAAGAAAUUCUCCGCCGGCGCCGGGGCCCGGAAGAACCACUUCCUCGGGAGGGUCAAGCUCUACGGCACGCAGUUCAUGAGGCGGGGCGAGGAGGGCCUGGUGUACUACCAGCUGGAGAAGAAGAGCGUGUUCACCUGGAUACGAGGCGAGAUUGGGCUCAGGAUCUGUUACUACGACGAGCUAGUGGGGGAGCAGCCCCCCGCGCCGCCGCAGGACGAGGCGGAGGCGCCGCCUCCUCAUCCGAAGCCCUCCGACACGGCGGCGAUGAAGCCUCCGCCGGUGAUGGUGGUGGAGGAGGGCAGGGUCUUUGAGAUGCCGCCAGGGGCCGUCGCGAUGGAAUGCUGUCCGCCGCCUCCGCUCCGGCGCCGAGACAGAUCGCCCUCCCCUCCCCUGGUGGUCAUCGAGGAGUCGCCGCGGCCGCCGCCCCAGGUGGUGCACUUCCGCCACGAGCCCCAGCCCGAGGCGAUGCCGGCACCGCAUGCGGCGGCCGCUCCCCCGACGGCCGAGGCGGCGAUGCAGCAUCCUCCGCCGGAGGUGAUGAAGAUGCAGGGCGCGAGAGUCGGAGAGAGAGUCAGGGUUCUGAGGCGGCCUCCGAGCGGCGAUUUCGCGCCGAGGGUGAUAUCGUCGCACCAGAGAUUCGCGUCCGAGACAGAGAGGACCCAUCCGUACGAUCUGGUAGAGCCAAUGCAGUACCUGUUCAUCAGGAUCGUCAAGGCCCGAGGUCUCGCUCACAACAAGAGCCCAUACGCGAAGGUCCGCACGUCCACUCACUACGUCCGUUCGAAGCCGGCGAUUCACCGUCCCGGCGAGCCGACCGACGCGCCGGAUUGGCACCAGGUCUUCGCGCUCGGCCACAACAAGCCUGAGUCGGCGAGCUCCACGCUGGAGAUCUCCGUCUGGGACUCGCCGUCGGAGACCUUCCUCGGCGGCGUCUGCUUCGACCUCUCCGACGUGCCCGUCCGCGAUCCGCCCGACAGCCCGCUGGCUCCCCUAUGGUACCGCCUCGAGGGCAGCGACCCGGCGGAGAAGAGCCCCGUGUCCGGCGACAUCCAGCUGUCCGUCUGGAUUGGCACCCAGGCUGACGAUGCUUUCCCCGAGGCGUGGAGCUCGGACGCGCCUUAUGUGGCUCACACGCGCUCUAAGGUCUACCAGUCUCCGAAGCUGUGGUACCUGCGGGUGACGGUGAUCGAAGCUCAGGACCUCCACAUCGCUCCAAAUCUGCCGCCGCUGACGGCGCCGGAGGUCAGGGUCAAGGCGCAGCUGGGGUUCCAGUCCGUGCGGACUCGGCGAGGGUCCAUGAGCAACCACGCGUCGUCAUUCCACUGGAACGAGGACCUCAUACUCGUCGCCGGCGAGCCACUGGAGGACUCGCUCAUUUUGCUUGUGGAGGACCGUUCGAACAAGGAGACUCAGCUCCUCGGGCACAUUAUGAUUCCAGUGAGCUCGAUCGAACAGCGAAUAGACGAGAGGCACGUGGCUGCCAAGUGGUUUGCGCUCGAGGGCGGCGCCGGCGGAGGCGGGGCUUACUUCGGCAGAUUGUGUCUGAGGCUGUGCUUGGAAGGCGGUUAUCACGUGCUUGAUGAGGCCGCGCACGUGUGCAGCGACUUCCGGCCCACGGCGAAGCAGCUGUGGAAGCCGGCGGUCGGAAUCCUGGAGCUGGGGAUCCUCGGAGCGCGCGGACUUUUGCCCAUGAAGUCCAAAGCCCCCGGCAAAGGGUCCACGGACGCCUACUGCGUGGCCAAGUACGGCAAGAAGUGGGUUCGGACCCGGACCAUCACGGACAGCUUCGAUCCGCGGUGGAACGAGCAGUACACGUGGCAGGUCUACGACCCCUGUACCGUGCUCACCGCGGGGGUCUUCGACAACUGGCGGAUGUUUGCCGACCCGUCCGAGGACAAGCCGGAUUGCCGCAUUGGGAAGAUCCGUAUUCGGGUAUCCACAUUGGAGAGUAACAAGGUGUACACCAAUUCGUAUCCGCUGUUGGUGUUGACAACGGCCGGGUUGAAGAAAAUGGGCGAGAUCGAAUUGGCAAUCCGGUUUGCUUGCCCGUCUUUGCUUCCGGAUACUUGCAUGGUCUAUGGUCAGCCCUUGUUGCCGCGGAUGCACUAUCUCCGCCCGCUCGGGGUGGCCCAACAGGAGGCGCUGCGAGGGGCCGCCACCAAGAUGGUAGCUGCAUGGCUCGCGAGGUCGGAGCCACCACUCGGGCAGGAAGUGGUCCGGUACAUGUUGGAUGCUGAUUCGCAUACAUGGAGCAUGAGAAAGAGCAAGGCGAACUGGUUCAGGAUCGUGGCCGUGCUAGCAUGGGCGGUCGGGUUGGCGAAAUGGUUGGAUGACAUAAGGAGGUGGCGGAACCCGGUCACGACCGUCCUAGUUCACGUCUUGUACCUAGUGCUUGUGUGGUACCCGGAUUUGAUCGUGCCCACAGGCUUCUUAUACGUGUUCUUGAUCGGAGUGUGGUACUACAGAUUCAGGCCAAGGAUACCGGCCGGGAUGGACACUAGGCUCUCGCAGGCCGAGUCGGUAGACCCGGACGAACUGGACGAGGAGUUCGACACGAUACCUAGCUCGAAACCGCCGGACGUCAUCCGGGCCAGGUACGACCGGUUACGGCUGCUGGCAGCCAGGGUGCAGACGGUUCUCGGGGAUUUCGCGACCCAAGGAGAGAGGGUACAGGCCUUGGUGAGCUGGAGGGACCCGAGAGCGACGAAGCUGUUCAUAGGAGUGUGCCUGGCCAUCACGCUGACAUUGUACGCGGUGCCGCCGAAGAUGGUGGCGGUGGCUCUAGGUUUCUACUACCUCCGCCACCCGAUGUUCAGGGACCCGAUGCCGCCGGCGAGCCUAAACUUUUUCCGGAGACUUCCGAGUCUCUCAGAUCGGCUAAUGUAGAUUAGUAGAGUCUUGGAAACCAAAAAAAUUGAA